GGCCCAGUGGGAGGAAUGGAAAAUCAGGGUGUGCCUCCCGGGCCUUAUCGGGCCACCAGGCUGUGGAAUGAAGUUACCACAUCUUUUCGAGCGGGAAUGCCUCUAAGGAAACACAGGCAACACUUUAAAAAAUAUGGCAAUUGUUUUACAGCAGGAGAAGCAGUAGACUGGCUUUAUGACCUAUUAAGAAAUAAUAGCAAUUUUGGUCCUGAGGUUACAAGGCAACAGACUAUCCAGCUAUUGAGAAAAUUUCUGAAGAACCAUGUCAUUGAAGAUAUCAAAGGCAAAUGGGGAUCAGAAAAUCUUGAUGACAACAGUCAGCUAUUCAGAUUUCCUGCAAAUUCUCCACUUAAAACUCUUCCACAAAGGCAUCCAGAAUUGAGAAAAAACAGAAUAGAGAACUUUUCCAAAGAUAAAGAUAGUAUUUUUAAAUUACGAAACUUAUCUCGGAGAACUCCUAAAAAGCAUGGAUUACAUUUCUCUCAGGAAAAUGCAGAGAAAAUGAGCUGUGAAAUAAUCAAUGAACAUCAAGAAAACUCCAUUGAUAAUAGAGAAAUAAGCCAGAAAGAUGUUGAAGAAGCUUGGAGAUAUGUUAUUCUGAUCUACCUGCAAACAAUUUUAGGUGUGUCAUCCCUAGAAGAAGUCAUAAAUCCCAAGCAAGUAAUUCCUCAAUGUAUAAUGUACAACAUGACCAAUACAAGUAAGCACGGAGUAGUUAUACUGCAAGACAAAUCAGAUGACCUUCCUCACUGGGUAUUAUCUGCCAUGAAGUGCCUAGCAAAUUGGCCAAGAAGUAAUGAUAUGAAUAAUCCAACUUAUGUUGGAUUUGAACGAGAUGUAUUCAGAACAAUUGCAGAUUAUUUUCUAGAUCUCCCUGAACCUCUACUUACCUUUGAAUAUUAUGAAUUAUUUGUGAACAUUUUGGUUGUUUGUGGCUACGUCACAGUUUCAGAUAGACCCAGUGGGAUACAUAAAAUCCAAGAUGAUCCACAGUCUUCAAAAAUCCUUCACUUAAACAGUCUGAAUUCCUUCAAAUCAACUGAGUGUCUUCUUCUCAGUCUGCUUCAUAAAGACAAAAACAAAGAAGAAUCAGAUACUACUGAGAGACUGCAGAUAAGUGAUCAAGGAUUUCAAGAAAACUAUGCUAAGAAAAUGCAGCUAGUUAAUUUAAAAAACAGAAGAGCCAGUGUUAAUGACAUAAUGGGAGGAAGUUGUCAUAAUUUAAUAGGCUUAAGUAGUAUGCACGUUCUAUCCUCUAGCAUCAAACCAAGGUGCUAUUCAUUAGAAGGAAUUAUAGAUUUACCAGGGAGUUCAAGUAAAGAGGUCUCCAGUGUCUUCCAUCAAUCUGUUCUGAACAUAAAAGGACAAAAUAAUAAACAAUUUUUAGAGUCUGAGACCAAACAGGAAUCCCUAAUGCAUCUUCAUUCAGAGGAAAGUAUUCAAAAACCACUCUGUGUUGGUUUUAAAAGAACCUCUACUUUGACCGUUCAAGACCAAGAGGAGUUAUGUAAUGGAAAGUGCAAGUCAAAACAGCUUUGUAGAUCUCAGAGUUUACUUUUAAGAAGUAGUACAAGAAGGAAUAGUUAUAUUAAUAUGCCAGUGGCUGAAAUUAUCAUGAAACCAAAUCUUGGACAAGGCAGCACAAGUGUGCAAACAGCUAUGGAAGGUGAACUCGGAGAGUCUAGUACCACAGUCAAUAAAAGACUCUGCAAAAGUACAAUAGAACUUUCAGAAAACUCUUUACCUCCAGCUUCCUCUAUGUUGACUGGCACACAAAGUUUGCUACAACCUCAUUUAGAGAGGGUUGCCAUCGAUGCACUACAGUUGUGUUGUUUGUUACUUCCCCCACCAAAUCGUAGACGGCUUCAACUUUUAAUGCGCAUGAUUUCGCGAAUGAGUCAAAAUGUUGAUAUGCCCCAACUUCAUGAUGCAAUGGGUACAAGGUCACUGAUGAUACAUACUUUCUCUCGGUGUGUGUUACGCUGUGCUGAAGAAGUAGAUCUUGAUGAGCUUCUUGCUGCACGAUUAGUUUCUUUCUUGAUGGAUCAUCAACAGGAAAUUCUCCAAGUACCCUCUUACCUACAGACUGCAGUGGAGAAACAUCUUGACUACUUAAGAAAGGGCCAUAUUAAAAAUCCUGGAGAUGGAGUGAUUGCUCCUUUGCCAACUUAUUCAUACUGUAAACAAAUUAGUGCUCAGGAGUUUGAUGAACAAAAAGUUUCUACCUCUCAAGCUGCAGUUGCAGAACUUUUAGAGAAUAUUAUUAAAAAUAAGAGUUUGCCUGUGAAGGAGAAAAGGAAAAAACUAAAACAGUUUCAGAAGGAAUAUCCCUUGAUAUAUCAGAAAAGAUUUCCAACCUCUGAAAGUGAAGCAGCACUUUUUGGUGACAAACCUACAAUCAAGCAACCAAUGCUAAUUUUAAGAAAACCAAAGUUUCGUAGUUUAAGAUACUAAUUGAAUUGAAAAUUAUGUAAUACUUGUGGAACUUUGGUAAGUGAAGCCAUAUCUAAGAAUUCAGCUACUAAAAAGGAAGUCUCUUUAUCAAUAAGGUUUUUCUAAAUAGAA